GCAGGUUAGGAACAUAAAACAAAAAGAAUUGAAUUCACAAAAAAAGACACUGUCCCUUUAAAGGGACCAAGGUCAAAGCUGAUUGGCUGGUUUAGAGGAAGUAAGUGGUGCUUUACCCGUGAUGCUCUCGAUAAACAACUGUGCAGCCAGAGAAUGAAGGCCGGCUUAAAUAAAUGCAAAUUGUUUCAUUAAAAUCCCCUUGUUUACAAAUCUAACCAAAGUCAAUUAUGAAAUCGGCUGAAAAAGAAGACAGCACAGAAGAAAGAAAGCACGGAGAAAUUACAGUGAAGACAGAAAUGGAUCAGGAGAUGGACGAAAAAGAGGAAGAAUACACCAACGGAGACGAUCUGAACAUCCUGAUAAAGGAGGAACCACACUCGCCUGAAAUCUGCCACCAACACGGCGAAGAUGCGUCCAGCUGCUCCGCCGCUAACCCUGCCACUAGGAGAGAUGGCCUUCAUCUGCAGGAGCACACCAAGCAGGAGUGUGACUCUGAAUCUGAAUAUACAGCUGUUAAGGAGGAGGAGGAAGAGGAGGAAUCAGAUUCAUGGAUUAAAGAGGAAAUACUCAGUGAAAAUGAGGCUGAAGAGGAGGCAGAGGAUUCCAGCAACAUCCAGGAUGAGUUGGAGGAAGAAGAAGAGGAGGCCUGUACAGAAUCUUCAUCUGACUUUUUUCCGUGUCCUCACUGCACUGUGUCCUUCACUGACUUGGACUUCUUGGAAAAACACGUAAAGUGGGUCCAUCAGAAAGAAUACCUUAAUAAUCUCAAAAAAUGCCUCCCAAACCAAACGCUAAACUUCAUGGCCAAACACCCCUGCACCAUUUGCAACACAACCUUUAAAUCCAAAGUCCGCCUCAGCAUCCACCUACGCGAGGUCCACCCUACUGCUCCUCCUCGAAGGCUGCACCCCUGCCCCACCUGCGCCCGCAGCUUCCAGUACCUGAAGAACCUGAAGAACCACUGUCAGCGCUGGCAUAACAUGUCAGUGGUCACCAGGGGAGGGCAUCUCAGUUGUGCGGACUGUGGGAAGAGCUUCAAAGCUACCUGGGGUCAGGGGCCUCAUUUGUGCCACGAACCAGAUGCUGCUAAAUCUGAAGACAAGCCAAUUUGUCUGGAUACCGGCGUGCAGUGCCGGGUGUGCGGCAAAAAGGUGCGCACUCCCCAAAGCCUGGUAGACCACAUGCGGACCCACACGGGCGACCGGCCGUUCGCCUGCAAGGACUGUGGGAGGAAGUUUGUGGAGCGCAGCAGCUGGCGGCAGCACAUGAAGAUCCACACUGGAGAGAAGCCCUUCAAAUGUGAGGUGUGCGGCAAGGCUUUCGUUCGGUCGCACCACCUCCGCUGCCAUCUAACCACACAUUCUGGCAAGAAGGAAUACUCCUGCCCCGAGUGUGGAAAAGAGUUUGGAUUCAAAUCCAGCCUGGACCUUCACGUGAGGACGCAUUCAAGCGAGAAGCCCUUUCACUGCAGCGUGUGUGGAAAGAGCUUCAACACUCGGAGAAACCUGAGGGUUCACGCCAAACUCCACAAUAGCGAAAAAGCUCACCAGUGCGGGGACUGCGGGCUGAAGACUGGAGAUCUCGGGGCUUUAAAAAUACACUUGCGGACGCACACCGGAGAAAGGCCGUACCACUGCACGGUGUGCGGCAACCGCUUCAUACGCCUGUCCCACCUGCGGAAUCACCAGCGAACCCACACCGGAGAGAGACCAUACAAAUGCGACGAAUGCGACAAGAGCUUUACUCAGUCCGGUGACUUGGUGAAGCACAAGAGGAUCCACUCUGGGGAGAAACCCUUCGAAUGUCCGGAGUGUCACCGCUGCUACACGUCUUCCGGUGACCUCGGCAAGCACAGGAGAAGCCACACUAACCUGCGACCCUACACCUGUAAGGAAUGUGGAAAGAGCUUCCGCCUUUCAGGCCAUUUGAAAACACACAUGUUAACGCACACAGGCGAGAAGCCCUACUCCUGCCCCAACUGCCUCCGUAGGUUUGCACGCUCUCACCAUCUCUCCGGACACGUUGCAAAGUGUCGCUGAAUUCUCCAGAAACAGGAACAAGGCUAAACACCUAAACUGUACAUCUUCUAACACUAGACUUCAACAAAUCUAUGUAAGUAUUAACUAAACUGUAACUAUUUAUUAACUUUGUGUAACACUAAUGAUUUAAACAUUUAAAUUAAGCCCAAACGACCAAUGGUAUCGCAUGAAAUCUUUUUCUACUUUUUACCUUAUGUGUAUGUUUGUUUGCAAACCCUCAUUUUAAUGACUCUAGAAAGUGUCAUGAUGAAGAGUUUGAGCAGACGAAUCAUUUCCUUCGCAGCUGAAUUCAGUGUAAAUCGUGAAUAAAUUAUUUCACAGAUGCACCAA